ACAAGUCAUCCCAAUUCUCAGCUAGAUCGUCCGGGAAUUUAUACAAAUCGGAAUCCUGUUGGAAGUAUUCCUAAGUCAAGUGACACUCAACACCAUGAUGUCCCGAUUGUUCCUCUUCGUCGUGGCAACAGACGUAUAAUUGAUGAAGGGUUAGAUGGGAACAAAGUUGAUCCAAAUCCUCAGCCGGAUUGUGACCUUCCUCAAUGUGAAGAUGAAUUUCACAACUUUGAUGAAAUGCCAUUUGUAGAUGAACAUGCUGAUAAUGCAACAUCUUCAAAUGAAGGUUACACCGAUCUUGGUGAUGCUAUAUAUGAAUGUGAAUAUUGUGGAGCAUUUUUUUGGCAUGAGGAGAGAGUGAAAAGAGUGUCAGCCAAAGAGAGGCCAAAGUUCACAUUGUGUUGCAAUCAAGGGAAUGUCGUGCUCCCAAAAAUGCAACAACCGCCAAAACUUUUGGAAGAUUUGAUAUUUGGCAAAGACAAGCGGGGUAAACACUUUCUUGAAAAUAUCAGAUCAUACAACUCAAUGUUUUCAUUCACAUCGAUGGGCGGAAAAGUAGAUCAUGAAAUAAAUCAAGGGAAAAAUCCGCCUAUAUUCCGUUUGAAUGGUCAAAACUAUCACAGAAUUGGAAGUCUCCUUCCAAAUGAUGGCAAAAGGCCAAAGUUCUUACAAAUGUAUUUAUCAGAUCCAUCUGAAGAAAUUUCGCAGCGAAUCUCAGCCGUGAG